AACAAAGAAAAUCAAUGAAUAUGAAAUUAUCACCAUAAAAUAUUGCUCUCCUAAUACAAAAAUCGCACACACAUAACCCUUCCCCUCUAUUCUACCAAAGACACAAGGGAGUUAGCCAUGGGAGAUAAUCACAUGCCUCCUACCGUUUCUUCUUGGCCCUUCCAACCCGGUUCACCCGACAGUGGCUUCUCAGGCUUUAAUCAUAGUACUAAUUAUGAUUUAAACAGCAAGAUUAUGCUCACUGCAAUUCUAUCAUUAUCCUUCGUUGUUGUGCUUGUUAUAGUUCUUCAUAUUUAUGCAAGAUGUGCUCUAAGACGUCAUCAAGCCCGUCGCCGCGCUGUUAUGAAUAGCCUAGGGCUAACUAAUGCUAAUGUCAACUCCGGGGAGCCACCCAAGAGGGGGCUUGAUCCGACAGUCAUAGCCUCACUCCCCAUAUUUGUUUACCAGCAAACUGAAGGCCAAGCUGAGGAUGAUUUGAUAGAGUGUGCUGUUUGCUUAAGCAUGCUUGAGGAUCAAGAAAUGGCUAGGAUUUUACCGAAUUGUAAGCACAAAUUUCAUGCUGAGUGCAUCGAUAAAUGGUUAAGCUCCCAUUCUACCUGUCCUAUUUGUCGGACCGAGGCUGAGCCAAUGAUCCAGCCCGAGCCACGUGAAGGUCCGGCUGGUGGUACUGCACACACAGAUCCAAUGUUGGAGCCUAUGAAUUCUACAUCAGUAUGUGAUGAGGGCACAUCAUCAUCGGUUGGUGGAAAUCAACCAUCUCCAAAAGUCGUCGGUUCGGGUUCACGGUUGAGCUCGUUCCGAAGGAUGCUUAGUCGUGAACGAUCAUCAAGGAGAAUCCAACCUGAGGUUCAAGAUCAAGAGGGUUUUCAAGAUUUAGAGAGACAAUGAUUUUAGGUAAUAUAUAGAAUGCGUUUAUUUUAUAUACAUAUCCAAUUCCAGCUGCUGGUUUACAUUUUUUGGGUGAAAAAUUUGAUGUUUUUCUGAUUAAAAUCAGUACAUAAUACAGAUGAUGAUAUCAAAUUUCAUAUGUAUUUAA